CCAAUCAGAAGGCCUGUAAAAAAAUAGUCUAGCCAAUGAACGAGGAGAUAACAAAUUGUAUCGAACACCUGUUUUCUACUUUCGUUUUGAAAAUAAGGAAGUGAAAUAAAAAUGUGCAAUGCAUGUGUGAAAGAGGAGUUUCCAGAUAGGGAAUCUAUUUGUUUGGAUAAUGGAUCAUACAUGUUGAACUUUGCUGGUUGUGCAAACUGUGGAGAGAAGAGCAGUAUAACCACAAUAAACAGACAAACAUCAGAAGAUGAUGCUGAUGAAGAAAUUAUUACAUACCAGCAUAUUUGUCAAAGUUGUAGUCAUGUUGUAGCAAAUCACGAACAUGUGUUUAGGAUUGAGGAGGAUUAUCAGGUAUAUGAGAUGCUGUGUUUAUUGUGUGGCCGUAGUGAUGAUCAGAGAAGCAUUCUGCCGUGUGACCCACGAGGACCUAAACCAGAACACUCGGAUUUUGAUUGAUAGCUUUGACAGAAAUUGAUACUACCAUUACUGUUUAUUAGCA